AUGGUAGCUGACGUCUCUAAAUUGGCACAAAGUAUAUGUGGAGUUGAUAUUGAUAAUGAAAGAUGUGGAAUUAAACUGGAGAUUGAUUUUAACAGGUUGACCUUUGAUUCUGCAUUAGCUAAAGAGUACAUGAAGCUUUUGGACGCAGUGGUAGCGGAAGAUGUGGUUAUUAAUAAUCUAUUAUUAGUGCAAUUAAUUAUUCAAUUGGGAAAUAUAUGUUGCAAUAUGAAGUUAAUUGAUGAUGAAUAUUGGUAUGUGAUAUUUGACGUCAAAUACUCGUCGAGUAUGAAGGUUAGUGCUGAUUGUUGUACUUUGAAAUAUCUGCUGAGUAAUGGGUUGAAUUUUUCUCCAGAUGAUAAUAAUAAUUGGAAAUUUUUAGAAGUUUUAUUAAAAAUAAUGAAUGGAGUACAGAGAACCAAGAGCAUUAUUACAAACUUGAUUAAGAAGGAAUUCCCAUUUAAAUUAGGUAUUUUGCUAGAUAAUAUUACUGAUUUUCAACAGGCAAAUUAUAUCAUUGAAAUACUUUCCUUUUGUUUUCCUAGAAAGUCUAUUGAUAAGCCUGGAGUUGUUUUGCCACCACAGCCUUGGGAAGAUACCAUUAAAUGCGAGUUGUUUUUCAAUAGAAAUACUUACCCAUUUAAAGGUAAGCAUGGGGACCAACAGGUUUUGAAAUUUGUUUGGGAAUUAUUUGCCAAACUAUUGAUAGAUAUCCAACAUGUGUCAAAUGUGAGCUAUGGAUUAGAAUCUGAUAACAGAAAAGCUCCUGCUAGAUCUUUGGUUUCUUCUGAAAAAGGGAACAAUUUUUUUAUACAGUGUUAUUCUGAUAAGAUGUAUUUAUGGAUUGGCGAGGGACAGUUUCUUGAAAUUAAAAGAAACAAUAUAGAGAUAACAAAUGAUCUUAAAGGAAGAUUGAAACUAAAAAUAAUAGAUGGAAAAUGUAAAAAUACCAUUAGAUCACCAAAUAAAACUUGGCUAAGUACAAUCAAAAAGGUAUCCUGGUUUAUUAUCGAUUUCUCGACUCAGACUGCCGGCGUGCAAUAUUUCAAAAAAAUAACCAAUAAACCAAAAAUAAGUGAAGUACAACAGUUUCUGACUUUAAGUCAUAUUGAAGAAGAAGAGGAAGAAAAUAUUUCUCAAGAGGGGCAACAUGAAAUUUCUAGCAGAGAAGCAACUGUACAUCUAGGAAAACAAAAUAAUGUCAACAGUGAGUCUCUAUCCGUUCUGCUUUCACAAAGUUUUUCGCCGCUGACACAAGUUUCUGGCCAGAAGACUCAAUUCGAAAAUAGUAUGCUUGCGACUCCGGAUAAAUCAGAUUUGAAGAGUGACAAUGAUAUUUGGGAUCUUAAUAUAUCUUCAGAUGGAAAAGAAAAAAAGAAAAAGGGAAAUACAUCUAAAAUUACAACUUCAAAGUCAAAAAUAAAACCCCCAUCUAUUCAAAAUGUAUUAGAAGAAGAAGAAUCACCAAUUGUUCAAGUACAGCAAAAUAAGUUGAGAAGAACAUUGUCAAAAGCUAAACAGGAAUUGAUAGAAGUUAGAGAUGAUUCACUUCAUUCAAACCCAAAUCAAUUAGACGCUGCAGGAAACAAUCUCAGAACGGAUUCAAUUUUAAUAACCGGCAGUAAUAUUAUAAAAGAUAAACGUGAUAAAAAAGUAAACAAAAAGUUGACACAACUUCUAAUAAAAUCAGGAUCAGAUAAAGAUAAGAAAAGCAAGUACUUCCAAAAAAAGUCUGUUGGAAAGCAAGAUUUAAAAGUUUUAGAUACAAUCUUUGCAAAACCAGUUUCGAAAAAAUUAAGAAGUCAACAGAAAUUAAAAAAUAUAAUAAAUGUUGGAAAAAAAACUGAAAUAACUCUUAUGUAUAAUAAAUUAGAUAAUAAAGAUACAAAGGAGGUUGAAAGAUGCGAUGACACUAAUAAAAAAAAUGAUAUCAGGACUCCGAAUAAAAUUGCAACAGAAAAUGAUACCAGUGGAAACAUGAAAAGGAAAUUUUACGAACAAGAAUCAACCGAAGAUACUAUAGGAACUGCAGCUCCAAUUAGCAAACGAGUUAGGAAACCUCAAGAAAAUAGAGAAAAGUUGGAGCCGCUGCAACAAAAAGCCAAAAGAAGCUUGAGCAAUAAAAUAAAUAAAUCUAUUGAACCUAUUCCAUCAGGUCAAGAACAAUCCUUGGAUGAAAAAGAUAAAUCAGAAAAGGUUGGUCAUCAGAAUAACCAGGAAAAAUCCAUUCGUGUUGACAUUUCUGAUUCUACAACUAUUGUGGCGCCUGUAUCAAUGCAAAAUAGUGCGUCAUUUGGCAUAGAUAAUCUAUUCACAAUUAAAUUACAGGAACAAAUAACUCAGUCAAUUUCAAAAUUUUCUGAAGAGUUACGCAACAAGAUAAUAAUAAUAAAUUCUGAAUUGAAUAAUAAAAUCAUGAAAGAAUUAUCCGAAAAGUAUCAAAAAGUAUUUCAUGACUUACAGGUUAGUUUCAAAAACGAUACCGAAGAAAUGUUUGAAUUCGUUGGUGAAAUUAAAAAUAUGCUAAAUCUCCCAGAAGAAGAACUAGUUCAAGUUAUAAGGAACAGAAAAUUUGGCUCAAAUUAA